AUGCCUCGCUAUAACGCCGAUGAGAGGCUACUGUACCCCUGGAACGACACCAAUAUCCAGAUAUUCCUGUCGAAAGCCAAGUGCUUCGUCGACCAGUACAGCGCCUACUUUGACCAGUCCAUCCAUAUGAAUUUGGAUGGCAUGAAGACCUUCGAGGAGGACAUCGGCGACAUCGCCGGUCUUAAGGCAUCAUUCAAUGCAUUCAAUCGCAUAGUCACCCAAAACCUCAACAAAAUCUAUAACGACAUCAAACUAUUGCCAAACUUUUCGCAAUACACGCCGCAGCAGCUAUUUUUCCUAUCAUACGCACAGAAGUGGUGCCGUUAUAUAACCCCAACUCAAGUGAGAAUUAAGAUCUUAAGGGGAGUCCACUCGCCCGAGAAGUACAGAGUGAACGGCGCUCUCUCCAACUUUGCUGACUUUUCCCACGCGUUUGACUGUCCAGUAGGCAGUGCCAUGAAUCCAGGCGUCAAGUGCGAGAUGUGGUAGAGACUAAUGGACACGGGUGCUUUUAGUGAUACCAAUUUAAUACACUUAACAACUAAGCUAUAAAACUUAUACACUCUAUACUGUAUAUAUAAUAUAUAUAUAUUUACUGUACUAUAUGAGAC